CAUGCAAAUCUCGCCAGCUUCCCCUCCCCUUCCCCUAUUUUCAAUCCGUUAGGGUUUCCCGGCUGCGCCUCCUCCUUCCUUCAGCUCUGUGGCUCCGCCUACACAGCGGCUGUCGGCAUUAGGUAAUCAUUCCUUCGUCGUCCCUUUUCUUCGAGUCGAUUUCCGUUGGCGUAAUUUGUUCUGGUUUUCCCAUCGGUAGGUUUUUUUCGUUUCGCCAAUCCAUUUUUUACUCUCUUUUCUCGUAGAUUAUAGAUCUAACGACACCGCUAUAUUUGAGGUUUCCGUUCUUUGCAUCUCGGUGAAUUGCCUCAAAUUUUUUUUCCAAACCACUUGAUUUUUUUUGGCAUCCACCAUCUUCUGAGGGACGGCGUGGGGAUAUCCGGUCUCUUUAACGGCGAGCUAAGCCAUCCCCCCUUCUUUUUCUUUACUCUUCUGCUACUUUUGGGGGGGUAGCCGGGGCUCCGGCCUCGGCGGCUUUUAAAGCCCCCUUCCCUACAACCGAGAUCUGAUAGGACCCUAAUUUUUUUUUUAAUUCUUUCAUUAAUUUAUUGGGGAGAGAUGCCGGCCCUGGCUUGUGUAGAAACUCCUGUUCCUCCUGGCCAUGGUUUCGUCUGGGAUGGUUCUCUUCCCCUUCCGGGAGCUUUUUCCUGUGGUGCUCCGGCUACUGCGGCCAUCCCAACCGCCCACGAUGUUCAUGCAUCUUGGUCUACUGACCUCUCUGCCGCCCUCUACAAGAUUGAAGGGUGGGGCGCACCAUACUUCACCGUUAAUGCCGCCGGCAACAUGUCUGUCCGUUCGUGUGGUUCUGCAACUCUUCCAUACCAGGAGAUCGAUCUAAUGAAGGUUGUUCAGAAAGCAUCCGAUCCGAAAUCCUCGGGUGGCCUCGGUCUCCAGCUACCGAUCAUCGUCCGGUUCCCUGAUGUUCUUAAGAACCGCCUUGAAUCCCUCCAUUCGUCCUUUCACUUUGCCAUCCAGUCCAGUGGCUAUGAUUCUCACUACCAGGGCGUUUAUCCGGUGAAAUGCAAUCAGGACCGCUACAUCGUGGAGGAUAUUGUUGACUUUGGCUCACCAUUCCGUUUCGGCCUCGAAGCAGGAUCUAAGCCUGAACUUCUCCUUGCCAUGAGUUGCCUUACGAGAGGCAACCCUGACGCGCUCCUUAUUUGCAACGGCUACAAGGACUUUGAAUACGUCUCCCUCGCUCUAAUGGCAAGAACCCUUGGUCUGAAAACCGUGAUUGUUCUUGAGCAGGAGGAGGAGCUUGUCACAGUGUUGGAGGCAAGCCACAAGCUCGGUGUCCGGCCUGUUAUUGGCCUCCGUGCAAAACUUAGAACCAAACAUUCUGGCCACUUUGGAUCAACCUCCGGUGAAAAGGGUAAAUUCGGGCUGACUACUGCUCAGAUUCUCUCCGUGGCAAAUAAGCUCCAAAAGUUGGAGAUGCUCGACUGCCUCCAACUCCUACAUUUCCACAUCGGUUCCCAGAUCCCGUCCACCGUUCUACUUGCUGAUGGCGUCACUGAGGCAGCUCAGAUCUACUGUGAGCUCGCCAGGCUCGGCGCUGGUAUGCGCGUGAUUGACAUUGGCGGUGGCCUGGGCAUCGACUAUGAUGGAUCCCAUUCUAGCUGCUCUGAUAUGUCCGUCGGCUAUAGCCUGGAUGAGUACGCUUCUACUGUGGUUCGGGCCAUCCAAUUCGCUUGCGACAGAAAGCAUGUGCGCCAUCCGGUCAUCUGCAGCGAGAGUGGGCGUGCCCUCGUCUCCCAUCACUCCGUCUUGGUUUUCGAAGCCAUCUCUUCUACCGUUGUCGAUCCCGGUACUCUUGGACAGAACCUCGUCUACCUCUUGGACGCGCUGGAAGACGACGCCUUAGCCGACUACCAUAAUCUGACGGCUGCAGCGAUGAGGUCAGAGUACGAUUCGUGCAUCAUCUAUGCAGAUCAGCUGAAGCGGCGAUGCGUUGAACAAUUCAAGGAUGGAUUGCUUGGGCUUGAACAUCUCGCUGCCGUGGAUGCUCUCUGCGACCUGGUGGCAAGGGAGAUGACUACCACAGAUCCAGUGCGCACCUACCAUGUUAACCUAUCAAUCUUCACAUCAAUUCCAGAUUUCUGGGCAAUUGGUCAGCUCUUCCCCAUCGUCCCUAUUCACCGCCUUGACCAGCGACCGGCGGUUAAUGCCGUGCUCUCAGAUCUAACCUGCGACAGUGAUGGUAAGCUGGAUAGUUUCAUCGGCGGGAGGAAGAGCCUCCCUCUGCACGAAUUCUCUAGCGGAGGAGGAUAUUAUCUGGGGAUGUUUCUCGGCGGAGCGUACCAGGAGGCGCUCGGAGGACUGCACAAUCUGUUCGGCGGGCCAAGCGUCGUGCGCGUGGAGAAGAGUGAGGGUCCCCAUUCCUUCGCGGUUACGCGUGCUAUGCCUGGCCCCUCAUGUGCCGAUGUCCUGCGAUCGAUGCAGCAUGAACCUGAGCUAAUGUUCGAUUCGCUGAAGCGCCGCGCUGAAGAAUACGCUCACAGUGAAAGGGAAACCAUCUCCUGCGGCCUGGCCCGCGCCUUCAACUCCAUGCCGUACCUAGUCCUCACCGCCGACGAAGUUAUGGCCGGUGAAGCGGAUGCCGUAGCAUCGGCGGGCAGCUCCGAUGAUGAUGAUGUGGAGUGGGAGUUAAUGCGUUGCCUAAGCUUUUGAUGCUCUGAGGUGGUCGUGACUCGUAACCAAAGUUGGAUUUGUGUUGUUGUAGUGCCCAACGUUUUAGUUUUCGUGUUUUUCUAUAAUUGUUAGAAGUCUAAUUGUUGGGUAGGAUUCAGCGUUAAUUUCAUGGCUUUAGUUGAUGGCUAUGUAUGUAGAGGCAAUAGUACCUCAACUUCUCUUUUGCUUUGUGUUAGUAGGGGAAACCUAAGGCUUAUCUAAUUGCCUUUGUAAUUUGUCAAAUAAAUCAGCCGUUUUUGUCUUCA